AUGAACGCCUGGGAGUUUUUGAACAAGAUGGCUACAUUCAGCACUGCCGUGCGUCAUUUCGCCAGACGUAGCGUCUUCCAGAAAGUCCGGACGCUCAGCUUAGGUUCUUCAUCACACACUUCAGUGGCUGUGGUAGGUACAACAGUUUUGGAAACACAAGAACCCUCUGUAAUGUUUCAGAUGAGAUCUCCCUGUUUUCCACUGAAAACUUACCUUCCAGAUGCGAGGGAAAAAUACUUCAGACGCAGGUGCAUUUACUGCAACCCUGAAAGUAUAUCUGAACCCCCAUGCCUUUUUUCAUUCCUGCCUUGGUUUCUAUGAUUUUGUGGUUUCCAAGUUUUAAGAUAUAUCAAGGGUCCCCUUUCUGAAAAGUGCGUAGCCUGCCGUGCGAAAACAUUCGUUUCUCCUAUCUCUUCGCCGAUGGGGACGUUUCGCGCGGAGGAACGUCUGCGACUCAGCGACAGAAAUUCCAUACUAAUGACGUAACAUCUGUCCGGAAUCCGGUCAGAAGCACUGAUUGGUCGACGGAGUAGUUACAUUGUUUUAGUUAUUGUUUACGAAUGACAGACAAAAGACAAAAGGCCACAAAGGAGAAAUGUAAACGCGAAGAAUCUCUAAUAAAACAGUCAAUAUUUUUGGAAUAUUGUCUUCUCUUGAAGAAGCAUUUGAGUUUUGCUGGAGCUCGUUGGCAGAUGAACACAACACUUUACCAAAAUCGACCAGAAGACACGUAAAAUUGGACAAAUUUGUAUUUGGAACCCCAUGACUACUGGAUUUAUUAUGUAAACAUCGGUUUGCGUCAUCAGUAUGGAAUUUCUGCCGCUGAGUCGCAGAUGUUCCUCCUCGCGAAACGUCCCCGGCGGCGAAGAGCGAGGAGAAACGGAUGUUUUUGCACGCUAAAAAGUGCGUAAAUUAAUUUAAAAUGAAAACAGCUUGCUCUGAACAACAUUAUUUGGAAAUAGGGGGGUUGAGAGGAUGAUGGCGAGGUUACCUAUCACACCUUACCCCACACAUUGUAGGGUAAGGUGGGGGGGUUGGUGUGGCUGAAAUAUUCAUGAUAUGGAAUGACCUAGUCAACCAAACUUAAACUUUUUGCAUUUAGGUGUUAUCUGGAAAUGGUGUUUUUGAUGGUUCAGAGGUUCAUGAAGCUUCAGCGUAAGUACAGGCACAUUGAUGGUAAUGACUAUUUCCCAUUAGUGGUAGGUAUCAUAUCUGCAAUUGAUGGACACUCUUAAAUUUUUAUUUAUUUUAGAGUAUAUCGUUCGGUAUUAAAUUUUGCUCAUUCUUUUUUAUUCAUGGCUGACCCAAAAGUCUAUUUUAAAUGAGCGUGAUAAAAUUUUAAUGAGCAUUGAUUACUAUUCUUCUUUAAUUUGAAUAUCUCAAAAAACUUAACUUGCCCAUCAGGCCAGUUAAGAACAGAAUUCGCUUGCCAGUGACAGGUAUUAGACACCACCUCCUUUGAAUUGCAUGCUGCUCUAAUUAUUUAGCUUUAACCAUGCAGUGGUAUAUUGAAAUUGCCAAAAAUAUUGCAAAUGAAAAUGACCAAUGCAAGGCUUAAAAAUUGACAGUACUUUCUUUGGAUAAAAAGACUUUUUACAGUACACUAUUAUUCUCUUCUCUACUAUUAUCUGCUCGUAGAGACCUGUUUCAGUCUCUGCAGUGUAUAUCCAGAAUUCAAAUGUUUGGAAAAACCGAAAUCCAUAAUUCUAAUGUUUGGAAAAGCCAAAACACUGAAUUUCACUCUUUGGAAAAGCCACAAUUGAGAAUUCCAAUGUUUGGAAAAGCCAAAAUUCUGAAUUCCAAUGUUUGGAAAGUCAAAAUCCAGAAAUUAUUCUGAUGUGUGGAAAAGCUAAAAUCCAAAGUUCCAGUGUUUGGAAAAGCAAAACUUGAAAUUUCCAAUGUUGGGAAAAUCAAAAAAACAGAAUUCCAAUGUUUGGAAAAGCCAAAAUCCAGAGUUACAGUGUUUGGAAAAGCCAAACUCGAGAAUUCCAAUGUCUGGAAAAGCCAAAAUCCAGAAUUCCAAUCUUUAGAAAAGGUAAAAUCCAGAGUUCCAGUGUUUGAAAAGCCAAACUCAAGAAUUCCGAUGUUUGAAAAAGCAAAAAUCAAGAAUACCAAUGUUAAGAAAAGCCAAAAUCCAGAAUUCCAAUGUUUGUAAAAACAAAAUCCAGAAUUUCAUUGUUUUGAAAAAGCAAAAAGACUGAAUUCUGAGUCAAUAGGCCAUGAGGCCGAAGAUCGAAUGGGCUAUUGACUCAGAGGCCACGAGUAAAAUAAAAUCCAACUAGUUGGUCAAAAAUAUCGAGACAAAACAACUUUAGCUAGUUACAGCUACACUUAAAUCCUUUUUUGCUGCCAAAAAGCCAGCGCUUUUCGCUACUAGUGAGCCAUAACGUAUAGCCUAGUAGUUAUUAUAAAAAUAAAGUCACAGAAUGUCUCGCUUUAAUAAUUGUGUAUGUUUUUUUAGGGUACUGGUACAUUUGAGUCGUGCUGGAGCCGAUGUGAGUAUUUAUGCGCCAGAUAUUCCACAGAUGCAUGUUCUGAAUCAUGCUAAAGGAGACGUUGCUGAGGGUGAGACACGGUAAGAUAUCACCUGAUUAGGGUAGUGUCAGGAGCCCAUAACCUGGAGCGAGCAACUCCCAUACUUGGCCUAUGUCACGGCGUUUUUAUGGACUAGUUUAUUUUUAGACACAUUUUAGGGCACUUUUUCCCGCAAAAAUAGAAUCACCACCAUGUCUAUGAGUGCAUUCGAAGAAUAAGAUAUCAAAAAGGAAAACUAAAGGUUAUUAUAGGGCAAAAAAAUAUCAUUUUUGGGUCUGUAGGGUUUGCUCACUGUUUUGUAGAAUUUAAAAGAUUUCAAAAUUCGUGUCAAAACCGUUCCAAAAAUAAACUGGUACGUGAACACACUGUGACACGAACGCAUGGAAGUUGCUCGCUCCUGGUUAUGGGCUCCUGGUAGUGUUUUGAAAUGGAUAAUUUUUCGGUAAGUGGUCGCGGAGGGGGAUAUAAGGGGUUCGGAUUACACAAUUUAGAUAACCGUGUGCACGAAAUUUUUGUGACUUAUAAUGUCUGCGAAUUUUGCGAUAGUUCUAGCCAUCCACAAAAAUAAGUUCCAGCCAAAAAUGUUAGUGCAAACAUUUUUCCCGCAAAAGUUUAUUCCAUAGUAAAUAUUCUCCAUCUUGAAUUCACCACACAGUAAUCCAGACAUGACUAAUCAAUGACAUCAAUGAAGUCAAUGAGUAAUCAAUAGGUAAUCGAUAGGUAAUCAGUUGAUUAGUCAUUGAUUAUUGCCGAUGAUCAAUGAGUAAUCGAUGACUAAUCGAUAGGCCACAAAAUUUUUGGUCAUCAAUUAGUCAUUGAUUGCAUUGAUUAGUCAUUGAUUGCAUUGUUUAGUCAUUGAUUUCAUCCAUUACUCAUGGAUAUCAUCUCGUGGCUGCAAACGUAUUUGGCGAAGAAAAACAAAAUUAAAAAAAAACUUAAAUGUAAACAGGUGUAUCAUGCAGGUUUAUUCUUUUGAGCUUAAAUAGUACAUGGAAAUUAAGGUUCAGAAGGUUCUCCAGUAUCUCUUUGCCGUUUGUUGUUGAACCAUACCUUGACGGUUGCCCCGUCAAGGUUGUUCAGUUUUGCAAAUUCUUCAAUAACUCCGUGCGAUGAAUACUUGCUGUCUUUGUACAAGGCCUCAAGGGCCAUUUUCUGCAAAUGCGAAAACUUCGUCCUUUUAUUUGCGGUUAAUGAAGAAGCUCGUUUCCUUUUUCCUGUAAAACAAAAACAAAGUGAAUUUGAUAUGUAAAGCGACGGAGCACUGAUGAAAACCAUAAACAUUCCAGGAACGGUGUCAGCGUAGUACACAAGGCACAUGGACUUUGCAACGGAAAUGGUUCUUGCGAAUUGAGUAAAUUACACGUAUUCAAAAGUGAUUCAUGUACCUUGAAUCUUUCCUCUCAGAUCCCCUAUGAGAUCUUCUUGCUGUAGCGAGUUCUUUAUCCUUCGGUAGGGCUCUCUUCCCUCCUCCGACAAUUGUUCAAAGGUCUUAGGUUUGUUGAGAAUUUCGGAUCCUCUACCCUGGGAUCUUUCCAAAACGUGGGCAGCAAACUACGCGAUGUGGAUUUUGGUCAGUCGCAAAAGGUGCAGUGCUUCUUAACUAAGUUCUGCUGUACCUAAAGCAAGAAAAGUGUCUUUCGUGCGCAGUAUAAUAGUCGAUGAGUAAUCGAUGGGUCAUCGAUGAGUAAUCAAUUACAUCAAUGAGUAAUCGAUGUCAUCGAUGAGUAAUCGAUAGGUCACAAAAUUUUUGGGCUUUGAUUACUCAUCGAUUACUCAUUGAUCAUCGCCCAUAAUCAAUGACUAAUCAACUGUUUACUCAUCGAUUACUCAUUGAUUACCAAUUGAUGUCAUUGAUCAUCGAUUAGUUAUGUCUGUAAUAAUGCAUUGCUAAGAAAUCUGGUCUGUUCGGGUUUGUAAUCGAAUGACAGAGAAAAGUUAUCUGUUUUACUGGUAAUAUAUUGGGAAUACACACCAUAUUAUUACUUGAAAAUAUUAUUUCUAUUGCACGAACUCAAUAAAAAUGAAAGUAUUAUCAAUGAUUUGUUUGGCCAAGACUUUCUGGAAAUUGCAAAAAUUAAUUCCCAGCAAAAAAGACCAAUCUGUCCUAAUCGCAGAGAUUAGAUCCCUCGAAACAAAAACAAAAAAUGCCAAUAUCCACAAAAGUAAACUCUCACAAAAAAUUUUGUGCCACAUGAUAGUCCUUUACUUCUGGUAUAUCUCUUACAAUUUUUUUUUUGAAAUCACAUGAACUCUAUUAAUUGUUAUUUAACACAGUAUAGAAUUUUUAUACUCAAUGUCACAUUAAUUUCCUGUCAGGAAUGUUUUGGCCGAGUCUGCUCGAAUUGCACGUGGGAAGAUCUCUUCUCUGGCUGAGCUUGAUGCAACACAUCAUGAUGCCCUUGUUUUUCCUGGAGGUUUUGGAGCGGCAAAGAAUUUGUGAGUGACAGUUAAAGAGGCUACAUCACUAGGAUAUUGCUGUUUUAACCCUUUCACUGCCAAAAGUGGGCAAAGUCAAAUUUCGACAAAAUUGCCAAUUUUAUUUUUGUAAAAUGUUGCAAAACAAAUAGCGCCAUGCGAAAGUACUGGCAAAGAGGUUUCAUUUGAAUGGUCACACCACAGGAUUUUGUGCACAGACUCAGAUGUUAGAACAACUUUAUCAUCAUCAUCAUCACAUGAUACCAUGUGAAAGUACUGCCCUAGAGGUUUCAUUUUGGAUGGUCACACCACAGGAUUUGGCCACAGAUUCAAUGUUAGAACCAUAGUUUAUGAGACUCCUUCAUUCAUCGUAAGAUCAAAAUUGGAAUUCUCAUUUGUUGCUCCUAUUCAUUUCCUAUAGAAGUAGUGGGGAGAAGUUGAUAAAAUAUCAAGCCACUUCAUCUCGUUUGAUCGUGUCCAUAAUUCUCAUGACCUCUCUGUUUUACAAAGCACUGAUAUUCUAAAGAGAAAUUUGAUGCUGAUCACUCUGAGUUAAGCCAAUUCUGUGCUGAAAUUAUUACUUACCACAACAUACUCCUUUACGGUUAUAAGAAAAUAUCAAACAAAUUUCAGCAAGGAACACUAACCAUAACAAUUUUUUGGUGAUUUUUGUAGACAUAAGCAUUAAAACUUAAAAGGUUGGUCCAAUUGUUAGCAACAGACGACAGGAAACAGUUCUAAUGCCUAAAUAUAAAAAAUUGUAGUGCAAUAUUGAUGCGAAGACACGUUUUAGCUAUUUAAUAAGACAGCAAAUAGAGUGACGUAGCCCCUCUAAAAAUCAAUUGAACACAAUUCCUCAUAAUAUACUCCAGUACUCUAAUAUAUACUCUCGUGGGUCAGAGAAAUUUUGUCAAAUAUAAUGUUCAAAACUCAACAGACCAUUUUAUAGUUGUGUGCUCAGUGCCCUGGCCUUUGAAUAGAAGCGAGGCUGUGCAAAUCAUGGUAUUCUCAUGCUAACAAGCCUGUGAACGGUUUGUAACAAAACAAGGUCACCGCCAUCCUCGCUUCUAUUCAAAGGCCAGGGCACUGAGCGCACACCUGUAAAAUGGCCUGUUUGAAUGACAAUAAGUGAUUUCACUAAAAAGUUUUGAACAUUGACCUAGAGGAUAGUAUAUUUAUUGCCAAGAAUUUCGGUAUUUCAUCAAAGGCUUAUCAUGUAAUGUUAUCGUAUACAAGACAAAGUAUGUCAAUCAGUGAAUCAUCAGCCAUUAAAUUAACCUGCUUGCAGAUAGGAUAUCUGCCCGUAAUUCUGUGUACCUGGUGUAAACUGCUGUACGCAGUUCUUUGUUGAAGAAAGUAACUCUCCAUUAAUACAUAGAGCACAAUACAUAGUGGAAGCUCUCGUGAGCGGACAUUCUCAGGACGUGAAAAAGGUGUCCGUAGCUAGAGCUGGCCGCUUACGGGAAUGUAAAAAUACAGAGUUUGUAUGGGAGAUGAGAAAAACGGGGUUUUGUGACGGCGGUCGUUGGGUGGAUCUGUCCCGCUUACGAGAGUGUCUGGUGGCAAAGCUUUCACCGUACUGUAGUUUCUUCCAUGACAAAACCUUUCUGAAUUUUUUAGGAGUUCAUUUGCUGUGGAUGGUGUAAAUUGUACAGUUAACAAAGAUGUCGAGCAAGCUAUUAAAACUUUUCAUGCUGCCAAAAAACCAAUUGGGUAGGUAAAACCUGGCAGUGUUUUUUUCCAUGUGUGUUUUCGCGAUGGUAGAAAACUGCGUCGCGAAAAUAACAACCCGCGAAUAAGAAUCCUUGCGAAAUUUAAUAUCCAUGGACAAUUUAAGUCACAGAAAAAAUGAUUAACGUGUAGUAACAACCACAUUAUGCAGAAUAUGUAUCGACAAAUACCCAAGUUAUUAACUUAUUUUACUGGUAAGUUCCAUUUUGUAUCUUCUGUUGUGAUAAAACGUUAAUUAUGUCACAUGUGGAGUAGGGAAUCUAACUGUCAUAAUCUUGAUGUGAGUCGCAAGAUUCGUACAAAUCCUUAUCUAGAAAUUUCAGAAAUUUAAAGAGUUCAGACUUUUUGAAAAAUAAAAUGAAGUUGAGAACAGGUGAAUCGCAAAAUUUAACGCCUUUUUUCAAGUUACUUAUGAAAUUGUGAAAAUAAAACCCCGCGAAAUACCGUCUCGCCAAAAUCGUGAAUUUGACUACCAUUCGCGGGUAAUCAAAAGUACCAAGAAGGUAGUUACUUAAGCCAGGCUAACCUACAACUUUGACUUAUUCUUCGUGUUUGUCUUUAUACACUCAGCCUUUGCUGUAUUGCUCCAGUAUUAGCAGCCAAGGUUAGUACCAUAUGUUUCAGACAUUUGAUUUUACUUGUAUAUGUUGUAGUGCAGUAAUUUUUUAUUUUAGUUAAUUUUUGUGUUUCCAUCGUUCCAAAUUCCUUAGCUUACAUUACCAUACCCAAACACAAAGGAAAAACAAAAAUUAACUGCAACAUAUCUUAUUAUAUACUCAAUGGAAAAACAAAAAUUAACUGCAACAUAUCUUAUUAUAUACUCAAUCCCGCUAAAAAUGGCAACCUGAAGCACUCAAAACCGUCAGUUUGGAGCAGAAUCCUCGGAAGAGUAGCUGACGAUCCAGUUUCAUACAUUUCAGUUCAACUGCAGUGAAACAUUGCUUUUGUCAAAGAGCUGUCGCACCAAACUUGAAAUAUUGGCGGAAAUUUUGUCCGGAUCUAUUUCGUUUUAGAUUUUACCAGGUGUUGAGAUAACAGUUGGCCAAGAUAAAGAAGAUGUCCAAUGGCCGUACGCCGGUACAGCAGGUGCUGUGGAGCAGAUGGGAGCUAAACACGUGAACAAAGAUGUUAAUAUAUCCUUUCAUAUUAUUAUCCUUUUAAUAUUUAAUGAUAAUUUAAUAUAAAAUAAUAAUGAUAAUUAAAACUAAUAAUUAAUAGUAAAACUGUGAAAGGUUUGAACCCAGGAGUCAUUUCACGAGUAGGUUGAGUAUGAGCGUCCGGUUAUUAAAUUAAUGAUAAUCAAAAUGGUCUAUUGAUAAGAAUAAAUGAAAGAAAUAGAUAAGUACUAAUUAACGCAAAAUAAAAUUAAUGAUAACUUUUGAAUUAUUAAAAUAGUUUGAUAUUUAUUAGUCUAAUAACAUUUAAUAAUCAAUUCCUUGGUCCCCUUUAUGGAGGGGUUUAAGGAUUAUAUUCCUCUUUCAAGUUAACGUUUCUUCAGAUUAAAAUUACUUGCUGUUCUGUAGACGGUGUAAUUUCCUUAACUGUUUUCACGAAAUCCAUGUAGACGAGCAGAACAAGGUUGUAACAACUCCAGCGUUCAUGUGUGAGACAAACGUACAUGAAGUACACGACGGUAUCGGCAAGAUGAUACAGGCUGUGGUGAAGAUGGUGGCGUAA